AUGCAAUCUGUCUCUGGAAAGUUAUUUGCUCAUUUGAAAAGGGACUGCGCGGCGGCCGGAGGCGAGAUGCAGAGUGAGUGUAGUGUUUGGCCGAGUGCUGCGUGUGACAGACAGACCGGCAAAUGUCAAUCAAUGGCGCUGCCAAAGCGUCUCGGCUCCGUUCCCACUGACCGCCGACACUUGCCUGUCAACACUGCUCUUUCCGCCGUGUUUGCUAAUUAUCUCCUCGGCCUGUCACCUUUCUUCUCCUUCUCGCCUCAGCUUUUCGAUCGCCCUGUUUAUGUCCCAUUUACACCUCUUAUUGUUCUGAACCAUCGCUUUCGCAUUUCUUGGAAUUUUUUCUCGCCUCUGUUUCAAUGGCUAUGGGAACCUUUUAAAAGAAAUUUGAAUUAAAUCCGAAUUCGAAGGAUAAGCUCGAAUUCGAUAAACUCGAAGGAUAAGGAUAACAUAGAGAUUAUAGGUGUUAAAAAAUAAAGGCGAUUAAGGUUUCAGCGCGCGUCGUUAUUAUUAUUUUUUUCAGAAAGUGCGUUGAGAUGAAUUUUUUUCAAGUUUUUUGCCUACGACUUAGGCUUAAGAAGUAUUAAAGAAUAAUUUUAAAAGAAAAAAAUAAGAUAGCCAAACUUUUAAUUUGAUCUGAUCCAAUAAGAUUUUCGUUCGAAUGUUUUUAUAACAAGGGAAAAAUUCUUCUUGCAUUUGUUCGGCAUAACUAUUUUAUUUCUAAUCAUAAGCCUUAGAGAUUACUUGACCAGCUGACUUAACCUAUGUUAUGUAUGUUUUUUUUUUCGACGCUAGUCAUUCAAUAUUGAUACACUUUCUGGAAGAAAAUAUCAAAAAUAGACAGGAGCAGGAGAAAGAAGAGAGUUUUUGUUUAACGUGGGAAAGAAUGAACCUAUCGGUUAAAACGUUUUUGUGCGGUUUAUAUUUUAGAUUUUCCCUUUUUGUUUUACUCAAACUUUCAUUUGCAGUAUUCAUGGAUCAAAUUUUGGCGAUGGUUAAACAUGCUGGAGAUGAUCCUCCUCGAAGUCUUAACAGCUUCGAAAGCCAUGGUUAGUUGUUCGAACAUAAAUAACUCUAUAAUCAAGUUAGAAAAAGUUGUCAAAAAUGUUACUUCAGAAUCGAUUGGACUGGGUAGUUCCACAUCAACAAGCGAAGAUUUGAGCAUGAGUGGAGAGUGGGCGGAUCGGGACUUGUUGGUCUCAAUUCAUCUGAUUUAAAAAAUUUGUUGGUUGCAGUGAAGCAGAUGAAGGCAAAAAUGCACCUGAGGGCAGCCAAACAACCACCUAUCGUAUAUUUAUGGAUUCACGUGAGAAAAAGUUGAUGGAAAAGAUCGAAUUCGUUAAAGUGGUCGCCAAGCACAAAAACGUCCUUUUCGGCGAGUGCGACGGUCACGAAGUAAGCUUUGUUCGAAAUUCUUGCUGAAUCGGUCCCAAUUAUUUUCUCAAAAAGUUCAAUCAAGCUUGACGUAGGAAUAGUUUUUGUAUUGAAGGUCACUCCUCGGUCGAAAGAAGAGGCCUGGAAGAAGGUGGCGCUAGAAGUCGAAGGCCUCGGGCUCGAGAGUUACAAAGGUAUUUCAUUUAUCAGAUAAAACUCAUACGAUUUGAUCAAAAUUGAACUGUAGGGAAGCCUUGGGCGAGAUUGCGCGACCACGAUUGGCAGUACGUCAGGAGACACGCGCUCGCCCGCAACGAAAACUCCAGCAAACCGACCGGCAUGUUGGCGUUCGUGUUUCUUCUCCUAUAGAUAAUCAUUGUUUUUUCUUUCAACAUUUUGUUUUCAGCAAAAAGAUAGCAAAAGUUGGUAAAGAUUUCACAUUUUUUUUUGUCCAUUAUCAACAAAUACGUUGUUUCAGGCACAACUUAUAGGAUAAAAGGCAGAAAAAUAUUUUGGCCAGCUGACAAAGUGAAAAAAAUGUUUAGAACUUUUACUUCGGUUUUUUUUUCGUAAUUUGUUUAGAAGACAAUUUAAAAAGUUAAUAUGGUUUUACUCAUUUUAUUUAUUCAUUUAUUUAUUUUUUUGAAAUAUCCGACGGUUGCAGGGAUCUCGACAAAAUCGUGCUUGAUAUAAUCGCGACGACAUCCAUCAACUCGCUCACUCCCACCCAAGUGUACAAUUUGAACGCGACGCAGAGCUCAGAAAACAUGGAGCUGGUCCUACGGCAACUUUUGAGCAAGGCUGAUUCCGUCGAUUCCAAGGUUUUCCUCGAAAAAGUUUUUCAGUGACUUCUUUGUUGUAGGAAUCUUUCAAUGUGUCUUUGGAGAGACCUGAUGAGGAUUUCCCCAAGGGGAAACUAGAAGAAACCGUUGCAUCUUCUACACAGCUUUCCGGUAAUAGCGAAGCACUUUUCGACAUACUCAACAAGGUUUUCUUCCAAUUUUGUUUGAGAAAAAUGAGGAUCUUUUUCCAGGUUUCACAUCGCUUUCCACUGGGCAUCGAAUCAAACGGCGCUGUCACUCCCUCAACAAAAACAAAUUUAACAAGGUCUUCAACUCAAACUUUUCAUAUUUUAGUGUUGCAAAAAAAAAAACAAUGACAUAGUAAAUUAAAAGAACCAACUAGUCUUGAAAGAAUUCUCUAUCAUACUCAAAUAAUUAAACUUCACAGAGAGUUUUCCAGCGUCCGUAAAAUGACGUCACGAUCCGCGACAGCUCCUUCUGUCUAUUCGAUCACGUCGUCGACGUCGCCGACGCAAUCUGUCCCCGGACCUCCCUCUAAAAAAUCCAAAAUUGAAUCUGAGCGGUAGUUUUUUACUCACUUUGAGCGGCUGAUUUUCUUUUUAGCUCGCUUUCGCCAGCAUUCGAGAAGAAAAAAGAAGCGUUUGAGCUGAAAAAAAUAGAACUCGAGAUCAGACACAUGGAACUCGUCAACGAAAAAUUAGUCAAGUAAGUUUUCUGAUUUUUUUUUUCUUCUUGUCACCUAUUCUUUCCUUCUUAAACUUCACGGGAUUCCUUCGCAAUUCAAUUCGAUGUUCAACUUCAUACUAUCAACUUUGGAGAGUAGAACGAUUUUAAUGCCGUUAUUCUUUUCUGAAAUUAUUCCCUUGCAAAAUACUGAAUUUCCUUGAUAAGAUACACAUUUUUUCUCCGCAGAGAAAUAGCGGCUCUGGAAGGACGGGAACGGCGGGCUUGCGAGUUGCAUGCGAUGGAGAUGCGUGCCGUCAAAGCAAGACUUCUGCGUGGCGCCGCCGUCGACGAGACUUCCGUCGAUCUCGUCGACAGUCCUCCCAGAAGAUACCUUAACAGCGCUUUUUGA